UGGCAAAGCCCAAAACGGACCCAAGACUCUUCGAUAAAACAUCCCCCUCUAUAACGCCACCAUUACCUAAGACUCUUCACUUUCUGUACCCUCUAUCUCUAGCCGAUCAACAACUAAAGAAGAAGAAGUGAAAAUGACGGAGUCAGUGAUAAGGAAUAAGCCAGGAAUGGCAAGUGUGAAGGACAUGCCGGUCCUCCAAGAUGGGCCUCCUCCGGGUGGGUUCGCCCCUGUCCGAUACGCCCGUCGGAUACCCAACAAGGGGCCAAGUGCUAUGGCUAUCUUUCUAGCUGCUUUUGGUGCCUUCUCUUAUGGGAUGUACCAGGUCGGCCAAGGCAACAAGAUCCGCAGGGCACUCAAGGAAGAAAAGUUUGCUGCACGCAGAGCAAUAUUGCCAGUGCUUCAAGCUGAAGAAGAUGAAAGAUUUGUCAAAGAGUGGAAGAAGUAUCUUGAGUAUGAGGCCGAAGUGAUGAAGGAUGUGCCAGGUUGGAAAGUAGGCGAAAACGUAUACAAUUCUGGGAAAUGGAUGCCCCCUGCAACUGGCGAGCUCCGUCCGGAAGUUUGGUGAAACCUUUUGUCGACUCUUUGUCCAGAUUUGGUCUGUUUCUUUUCAUGCAAACUUUUUAUGUUGCUUGGUCUUGUUCACAGUAAGGGAAAUAAAAAAUUUGAAUAGAAA